GGUUAUCUAAAUCAACAGUGAUAUAUUUGUUGGAAAAAAUUGAACAUAUUUUGGAAUUUCCUGAUAAUAGGUGAGUACCUAACUAUUUACAUAUGUUAUCAAUUUCAAUGUAUGUACAAUAGUCUAUAAUGUUAUUAAAACUGUAGUUUAUUAAAUAUUUAAGUUAAAGUGUGGGUUCCUGGGUUCCUACAUUUUCACUUAUUACCUAUUAUACCUAGCUACGAAAUAAAGGUAAAAGCAUAAAAGGUUACUUUAUUGCUCUCCUAACAGUAACUUUUGAAUAGAAAAUGAGCCUGUAUAGGUAGGCCGUAGGUACCUGUUUGGUGCUAACCUACCUACCAUGGUAAAUUGAUACCCGAGGUAUAUCUUACUUAUGUUUCUACCUAUUUUAAUUUGUAGUUGUUUAUAUUUUUUACAGGAACAAUUCCAUACCACCCAUAAAUCAAUUAUUAAUAGCUUUAAGAUAUUAUGCCACAGGCAAUCACUUGCUUGCUGUGGCUGAUAUGGGUGGUACUAGUUUGGCUACAUCCAGCCGGAUAGUAAAGAGAGUGUCUCAAGCAAUUGUUUCCCUACGUCGAGAAUUCAUUAUAUUUCCUGAUACAAACAGAGACCAAGACAGAGUUAAGAUAGACUUCUAUGAUAUAGCUAGAUUCCCUAAUGUACUAGGCUGUAUUGAUUGCACACAUGUAAAAAUUCAGUCACCAGGUGGAGAUGAUGCUGAACUAUUUAGAAACAGGAAAGGCUACAUGUCCAUAAAUGUCCAAACAAUUGCAUCAGCAAAGUUGUUGGUCCAGGAUGUUGUUGCACGCUGGCCAGGCUCUACACAUGACUCAGCAAUUUACCAAAAUAGCUAUAUUUAUAGAAAGUUUGAAAGAGGGGAGUAUGGAGACAGCCAUUUACUUGGGGAUAGUGGCUAUCCCUUAAAGCCUCAUCUCUUGACACCUUAUCUCAACCCUACAACAAGUGGAGAACGAAAAUAUAAUGAGGCCCACAUUAGAACACGAAAUGUGGUGGAACGGCAAUAUGGUGUGCUAAAACGAAGGUUUCCAGUACUUGCGGUUGGAAUUCGUUUAGCUUUAAACAAUGCCAUUAAUGUCAUUAUAGCUUGCUGUAUCUUGCAUAAUAUAUGCAUAUUAAGAAAUGAGCAACAGCCUGUGAAUAAUGAUGAUGUGCCUAACCUGGAAGAGCUAAUUGCAAGGGGACAAAUAAAUAAUAUGGCAUUUUCUGACAGACCUUCUUUGUCAUAUGGAUUUCGCAGAAAUCAAAUUACACAAUAUUUUGAUAAUUUAUAAAUAUCUAAUUUAUUAUGUAAAAUAUAUAUAGUAAUUUCACCAAUAAAUAAAACACAUACCUUU